AUGUGCAGUCUGCAACAAGCGGAGUAUGCGACUGAUGAUGAUGAUGAUGAUGAUGCACAUAUGAUAACACCCUCCCUACCUCUUGAUUUAACAGGGUUUUUUUUCUCUUCCUGCCCCACUGCUCAGUUAAUAUCUAUCUAUCUAUCUAUCUAUCUAUCUAUCUAUCUAUCUAUCUAUCUAUCUAGCUCACUCUAUUCACACUAUCUAUUUAUCAAAGCCAGUUUGUAUUUAUCAAUCUUUUUAUCUAUCAUCAGAGUCUCUUUUUAUCUAUCUAUCUAUCUAAGAAAUCUCUUCUUAUCUAUCUAUCUAUCUAUCUAUCUAUCUAAGAAAGUUUGUAUCUAUCAGUUUCUAUCUAUCUCUUUAUCUAUCAAUCUAAGAUUCUAUCUAUCUAAAUUUUUAUUUAUCUAUAUCAGUCUGUUCAUAUCUGUCUAUAUCAGUUACUAUGUCAGUCUGAUCAUAUCUAUAUAUCUAUCUCAAUUUCUGUUUAUCCAUCUAUCUAUUAAUCUGUCGAUCUAUCAAUCAGUUUAUUCACAUCUAUCUAUUUAUCUAUCUACCUAUAUAUCUAAGUCAGUUUUUAUUUAUCUCUCUUUCUUUUUAUCUAUCACAGUCUCUUCUUAUCUGUCUAUCUAUCCAUUUAAAUCAUUUUCUAUCUAUCAAUGUAAGAUCAUAUCUAUCUCAAUUUAUAUUUAUCUAUGUCAGUCUAUUCAUAUCUAUCUAUCUAUCUAUCUAUCUAUGUCAGUUUCUUUUGAUCUAUCUAUUUAUCUCUCUCUCUCUCUCUCUCUCUCUCUAUCUAUCUAUCUAUCUAUCUAUCUCAGUUUGUUCAUAUCUAUCUCGGUUUCUAUCUAUCUAUUGAUUUUUGUCCUUACUUCCUUGAAUAAUUUCUGUCUUUUACCAGUUUUUCCUUUCUUAGAUUUUCACGUUCUCAAAUUUAUUCUUUUUUCCUUCUUUUGUCUUUUUUCUUAUCCCUGUUUUUUAUUCCUUUAUUUCCAUCUUUUCUUUCUUUUUCAUCUUUUCACUUAUCUUCUUUUUUCAUUCAUCUUCUUUCUUUCUUUCCUUCUUUCUUUCUUUCUUUCUUUCUUUCCAAAACUUACAUUUUGUGUUCUCUCUUUGCAUGUUUUUGACCCUCUUUUUUUUCUUUCUUUCUUCCUUGAAAACCUUAAUUUUUCUCCUUUUGUCUUUUCUUUAUACACAUUUGUCUCUCUUUACCACAAUUCUUGCAUUUCUUUCUUCCUCACAUUUUUUCUUUCUCAUUCCUCUUUCUUUCAUUAUUGCAUUCCUUUCACCUCUUUUUUCUUUCUUUUUUUCUUUCUUUUUUCUUUCUUUUUUAUUCAUCCCAUUUCUUUCUAUCCUUCUUUCUUUCAUUAUUUCUUUCAUUCAUUCAUUCAUUCUUUCUUUCACUCUUUUGUUUUCUUUCUUUCAUUAUUUCUUUCAUUCUUUCUUUUGUUCUUUCUUCCUUCCUUCCUUUCUUUUGUUAUUUCUUUCCUUCUUUCUUUCUUUGUUUUUCUUUCCUUCUUUCUUUCUUUGUUUUUCUUUCUUUCAUUCUUUCUUUCUUUUUCUUUCUUUCUUUCUUUCUUUCUUUCUUUCUUUCUACCCAUUUCAAUCAUUCUUGCCAUUUCUUUCUUUUUUAUUAUUCUUUUCAUUUUUACUUAUUAUUCUCCUUUUUCUUUAUUAUUUCUUUUUCCAUUUUUUAAAAUUUUUUAUUACCAUUAUCAUAAUUCUUCCAUUUCUUUCUUCCUCUUCAUUUUUAUUUCUUAUUCCUCUUCCUUUUGCUAUUACAUUCUUUUCACCUCUUCUUUCUUUCUUUCUUUCUUUCUCUCUUUCUUUCUUUCUUUCUUUCUUUCUUUCUUUCUUUCCUCCCUUCCUUCUUUCUUAACCGAUACACCAAGGCAUAAGGUAUUUAUUUUCAGUUCUUUUACUUCUUUUCAUUUUUGCCUUUCUAAUAUUUCUUUCCUUGUUUUUUCUUUUCUUACAUUCAUUCUAUCUCUCUUCCCAUUUCUUUCAUGCAGCUAUUUUCUUGAUAAUCUUUCUUUCUUUCAUUUUUCGCUUUUUCCCUUUCUAUCUUUCAUCCCAUUUCUUUUCUUUCUUUCUUUCUUUCUUUCUUUCUUUCUUUUCAUUGCCAUAAUUCUUCCAUUUCUUUCUUCCUCUCAUUCUUUCUUUUUCCUUUUUCUGUUGUUGUUUCAUUCUUACAACUCUUUUUCUUUCUUUCUUUCUUUCUUUAUUUCUUUCUUUCUUUUCUUUCUUUCUUUUCAUUGCCAUAAUUCUUCCAUUUCUUUCUUCCUCUCAUUCUUUCUUUUUCCUUUUUCUGUUGUUGUUUCAUUCUUACAACUCUUUUUCUUUCUUUCUUUCUUUCUUUUCUUUCUUUCUUUCUUUCUUUUCAUUGCUAUAAUUCUUCCAUUUCUUUCUUCCUCUCAUUUUUUCUUUUUUCUUUUUCUGUUUUUGUUUCAUUCUUACAACUCUUUUUCUUUCUUUCUUUCUUUCUUUCUUUCUUUCUUUCUUUCUUUCUUUCUUUCUUUCUUUUACUAUAAUUCUUCCAUUCUUUCUUUCUAUCUUCUCUCUCUUCAUGCUUUUUGUAUCUUUCUUUCUUAUGUCACCUCUUGCUUUUCCUUCUUUCUUUCUUUCUUUCUUUCUUUCUUUUGUUCCAUCUUAUUUUCUUUUUUUCAUUCUUUCUUUUCCUCUUUCUUUACUGUUUGCUUUAUCUUUCUUCUCUCAUUCUUGCUCUUUUCCAACCUUUCAUUCUUUCUUUCUUCUCUUUUUUCUUGUUUUUCCCUCUUUCUUUCUUGCUUUCUUUUACUUCUUUCUUUCUUGUCUUUUCUUCCUCUUGAUUUUUCUUUCUUUCUCCUUUUAUCUUUCUUUCUUUUUCUUUUUCCUCUUUUUCUUGCUUUCUUUUUCUUCUUUUUUUCUUGCUUUCAUUUUCCUUUUUCUUUCUUGGAUUUUUACCUUUCUUUCUUAUUUUUCCCUCUCUUGCUUCUUUCUUUCUUUCUUUCUUUCUUUCUUUCUUUCUUUUAA